AUGACUUCAACAGUGUCUAUUCCUAGUGCUUGUAAUUCCACUCCUCCCCAAUUGACGAAAACCCUUUGGCAAUCUUUUGUGAAGGGCAGCACUACCGACAUCUGGAAAAUCCUACCGGAAUCCCUAACAAACGCCAGAGGAAAAUCUGGCCAACAUCUCGAAAGACUUAGACCUGUUUUAGACAGUCUACUGGCCUCGUGGCAAAAAAUCAAUGCCGUCAUCACCUUUCUCGUGCCCGGUGAGGUAGGUGGUGCUGGCAUCCUACGAUUGAGUGGCAUGCGUAAGGUAUGCGCUAAUGGAUAUCGCCUACUUACCUGCCCUAAUGAUGAGGUGCGUGAAACCACAUGGGAUUCACUCAAAACAGCAGUGCAUCUCCAAACUCGACGGGUGCCAGAUAUGGAUGAUGUUCCUGACUACCUCUAUGGCUCUACUGACGGAAAAUGGGCCAAACCAAUAGCGAUGUCCCCUAAUUAUGCUCCCGCGUUUCAAUCUGCACCCGUGCACUUCGUCAUACCGUUGCUGUUGAGUUUUGGUGGCGCGCAACCCUUGUGGGUGGUAAAGGGAAUCCUCGAGAAGCAAGUGAAAGCGGCUAGAGAAGAAUUUAAGCCUUCGGUUGAGAAGCUGGACAAAAGAUACGACGUUUUCAACCUUUUCACCAACCCUAGAUUGAACGAGACACUUUACGCGGCCCUCAAAUCGGUUCGAUUCCGCCAACUGAAGUCGAUCGAUCUGGACAGCUUUAAUGCCGACCUGCUGACAUUGCCGCUUAUUACGAACCCGGCAGAUUCACUUGACGAACUAGUUCAACAGUACAACGAUGGUCUCGCGGUGGUUUUAGACAAGCACGCACCUUGGAAGGAGAAAACCAUCGUUCUCCGCCCACUCGCUCCCUGGAUGAUGGAUGAAAUACGCGGCUCUAAACGCGUAUUGAGGAAAGCUGAACGGGUUUGGCGCUGUUGUGGACUAACAGUUCACUUGGAGAUUUACAAUCAGAUCAAGAUGGAUAUGGUUGCUCUUUUGAAGUCUACCAAGGCCUCCUUCUUGCUUGCUAAGGUCUUCGAGUGUGGUAGUAACCAGAAGCUACUCUAUCAACUAGUCUACAGUCUGAUGGGUAGACCGAAACAAUUGUCGCUACCGAAGCACACUUCUUCCUCUGACCUAGCUGUGACCUUCAACGAGUUUUUCUCAUCGAAUAUUUCCAAAUUACGAGAGGGGCUUGACAAAUUAGCCGACGGUUUGCCGCCUGAUAGUCCUCCUCCGCCAGAAUGUCUUUUCUCUACUCUUCAUAGUGAGGGGGACCUUAUGAAUGGUUUCUUGCCGGUGACUACUGCUAUGGUGAACGACAUUAUCCGCGUGUCCCCAGCAAAAUCGUGUCCCCUCGACCCGAUUCCAACAUCGAUCCUGAAGAAAGUGCUUAGUGCCCUAGCUCCUUCGAUUGCCAAAAUCGCUCAACUUUCUAUUUCAUCUGGCAAAUUCCCAGAUACCAUGAAGCGGGGCUUGAUCACUCCUUUGCUAAGGGACGACUCUCUCGAUCGUGACGUUUUAGCCAACUACCGACCCGUUUCUGGCUUAUCGUUCCUGUCUAAGACGUUGGAGCGGCUUGUCCUCUCCCAACUCAACGACCACAUCGCUGCAUUCAACCUUAUCUCUCCUUGCCAAUCCGCCUAUAGAGCACACCAUUCGACCGAGACGGCCCUCCUGUCGGUUGUUGAUGACCAUCUCCGAGCUAUCGACGGUGGAUGUGGAAACGCUCUAUUGCUGCUUGACCUCAGUGCCACUUUCGACACAAUUGAUCAUGCGACAUUAGUCGAUCGUCUCUCUGUAUCUUUCGGUAUUCGUGGGAUGGCUCUCAAUUGGUUUCGUUCCUACCUCAGCGGAAGAAAACAGUGUGUAGCGAUCAACGGUGGUUGCUCACCUGACGUAGCGCUUACGACGGGGGUGCCGCAAGGUUCAGUGUUAGGCCCAGUCCUUUUUACCACCUAUGUGAAUCCGGUACGAUCGUUGGCUACUCCCUUUGGUGUGAAGAUGAAUCAGUUCUCCGACGAUACUCAAGAAUACCUAAGCUUUCCAAUUCUGCCUGACUUUCUUGGCCAAGUGAAUGCUCUUACUGUCCUGGCCAACUGUGCUUCGUCCACGACUGACUGGUUCACAAGGAAUAAAGUAAAGCCUAACUCAAGUAAGAACCUUCUUCUCUACACAUCUUCUCCUCACGCUGCGACCAAGAUAGCGCCAAUUUCUCUCGCCCUCGGUGACACCGUCAUCCCGCCGUCCGACUCAGUUAAAAACAUGGGUGUUAUUCUUGAUAGCUCCCUCUCCAUGGUGGCCCAAAUUGGUCGGGUGUGCAAGAUCGGCUUCUUCCAACUACGGACGAUUUGCAAAAUUCGGAAGUUCCUGACCACCUCAGCUGCGAAAUGCCUUGUUAAUGCAUUGGUUUUAUCGCAUGUCGACUAUGCCAACUCCCUGCUCGUCAAUCUACCAGAGAAGCUGAUCGCUCGUCUUCAACGACUACAGAAUGCUGCUGCUAAACUGGUCGUCGGCGCCCGCAAAUUCGACCAUGCUAAGCCGAUCAUCAGUCGCCUACGCUGGUUGCCUAUUAAAUUAAGAGUCCAUUUCAAGCUGUGUGUCCUUACUUUCCGUUGCCUGAAUGGUCUGACCCCUGCCUAUCUCUCUCGACACAUCGAACGUUCCAUACCGACCAGAAACCUCCGUUCAUCUACAUCGGGUAGGCUAGUUCAACCCCCUGCUAGAACAACGUACGGUUCUCGUGCAUUCUCUCAUGCUGCACCGGUUCUCUGGAACGGAUUGCCACAGGACAUCAAGAUUACCACCGAUCUCAGAACUUUUAAAUUUAGACUCAGAAAACAUUUACUCGAUGUCGCGCUCAAUGCAUAA